ACCGCGGAGCCAACAGCCACAGUCUCCUCCAUCUGAUAAGACUUAUCUGCUGCCCCAGGGCAGGCCAGAGCUGGCGUAAGCCCCAGUGGGGCACUGAGUGAGUGUGCCCCUGCCUCCCGCCAGCCCUGGCCUGGCCCAGCCUCCAGGCUGGGCCUGGGUCAUCAGAAUGUCCCAUGGGCUCUGGUUCAAAUCCCACCGAACCUCUGUGAGCCUCAUUCUUCUCGUCUGCAAAAUGGGUACAGUCACAUCCCUCCUCUCCCUGUUGGCCAGUAAGAUUCACGUACGUAAGUGGCCAAGCCCGAACCUGACCCAGCACACAGGAGGGGCUUUGGAAACACUCACUGAGAAACCUAGUGGAGUCAUAAAACCGUAUCUGCUAUUUUUAUGUUAUCUUGGCUUCAGCCCAUUUUGUUUGGCUGGACACUGAAGUCCACGGGAGCCCAAGUUGAACAGGGUCCAAGAAUCCGUGGGGUGGGCAGAUGGGGCAGAGGAAGGCCCCCACUGCCCAAGAGGUGCCCCACCAGCAGGGAGCCCGCCCCCUCCCCUGGUCCGCCCCACCCACUGGGGCACCAGCCACUCCCUGGGGAGGAGGGAGGAGGGAGAGAGGAGGGAGGGAGGGAGAGAAGGAGGAAGGGAGCCUCAAAGGCCAAGGCCAGCCAGGACACCCCCUGGGAUCACACUGAACUCGCCACAUCCCCAAAGCGGCCGAACCCUCUGCACCAACCAGCCCAGGUCCCACCCGAGGCCCCAUGGAGUUCCCUGGCCUAGGGGCCCUGGGGACCUCAGAGCCCCUGCCCCAGUUUGUGGACCCGGCUUUAGUAUCCUCGCCCCCAGAGUCGGGGGUCUUCUUCCCCUCUGGGCCGGAGGGCUUGGAUGCAGCAGCCUCCUCCACGGCCCCCAGCACCGCCACGGCUGCAGCUGCGGCUCUGGCCUACUACAGGGAUGCCGAGGCCUACAGGCACUCCCCAGUCUUUCAGGUGUACCCAUUGCUCAACUGUAUGGAGGGGAUCCCAGGGGGCUCACCCUACGCCGGCUGGACCUACGGCAAGACGGGGCUCUAUCCUGCCUCGACCGUGUGCCCCACUCGCGAGGACUCCCCUCCCCAGGCCCCGGAAGACCCCAAUGGGAAAGGCGGCAGCAGCUUCCUGGAGACCUUAAAGACAGAGCGGCUAAGUCCAGACCUCUUGACGCUGGGGCCUGCACUGCCUUCAUCCAUCCCUGUCCCCAGCAGUGCCUAUGGGGGUCCUGACUUUUCCAGUACCUUCUUUUCUCCCACUGGGAGCCCCCUCAAUCCAGCGGCCUAUUCCUCCCCCAAGCUUCGUGGGACACUGCCCUUGCCCCCCUGUGAAGCCAGGGAGUGUGUGAACUGCGGAGCAACAGCCACUCCCUUGUGGCGGCGGGACAGGACGGGCCACUACCUGUGCAAUGCCUGUGGCCUCUAUCACAAGAUGAAUGGCCAGAACAGGCCCCUCAUCCGGCCUAAGAAGCGCCUGAUUGUCAGCAAGCGGGCGGGUACCCAGUGUACCAACUGCCAGACAACCACCACGACGCUAUGGCGGAGGAAUGCCAGCGGGGACCCCGUGUGCAAUGCCUGUGGCCUCUACUACAAGCUACACCAGGUGAACCGACCACUGACCAUGCGGAAGGAUGGUAUCCAGACUCGAAACCGCAAGGCGUCUGGAAAAGGGAAAAAGAAACGAGGGUCAAGUCUGGGAGGUACAGGAGCAGCUGAGGGACCGGCUGGUGGCUUCAUGGUGGUGGCCGGGGGCAGCGGGAGUGGGAAUUGUGGGGAGGUGGCCACCGGCUUGACGUUGGGCCCACCCAGUACUGCCCAUCUCUACCAAGGCCUGGGCCCCGUGGUGCUGUCAGGGCCCGUGAGCCACCUCAUGCCUUUCCCGGGACCCCUGUUGGGUUCCCCCGCAGGCUCCUUCCCCACAGGUCCCGUUCCUCCCACCACCACCACCACUGUGGUGGCUCCACUGAGUUCCUGAGGGCACAGAGCAUGGCCUCAGGGUGGCGGUGGGGUCCCUCUCCUAUGUAACCCACAGCCAAUACAACCCAACCCUCUGGGCCCCAGCCAUCCCCUGGCCUGGCCCUUCAAAGCUUUUGUAAAAUAAAACCACCAAAGUCCUAA